AGUACGGUCACCGGUGACGACACCUCACGAGGAACUCUGCUGAAGGACAUCUGGGAAGUCUGCACCUUCAGGCCGUUCGCUGACCUGGUGGGCUUGGGGAUGCUGUCAGUAUUUGGCGCCAUUCUGCAGCAAUGGUCCGCGGCCCUCGCAAUUCAAUACGCCUUUGGCCUUGAAGACCAACUGCAGAAUCUUCUCCUCGCUCUUUUGGGAGCAACUGUUCUAGCCGUCCCCGUCGCCGCCCUACUGCUGACCCGUUUUGAGAAGAAGCUAGUAUUGGCAGGAUUCGCCUUGGCAAGUAACGCUUUACCAAAUAUUGAUCGUAUGAAGGUUUAUCUGUGGCGGUAAUCGACAUAGCAAAAAGUGUUACGAGCCUUAUCCGUACACAAAGUAUAGCUGCCCAACAAGCUUUCAACCAGUCCUCUGGUCCUUUUCAAUUGAUUUCUCUGAUUCGACCCAAAGCCUAUAUCACGUGACUUGAACAGAAGUGUGACGUCAGCAACGAGUCGAAUGUGACCAGGAGUUGGUAUACCCCCCGUCGUCUGCAACCUAAGAAGUCACAUAUCCACAUCGAGUCCACUGGACAUUUGGUGGGUUUGGAGGAGGACUCAGAAAUCCAGUCACAGAGCAGAAUCACUUCCUAAGAGGAGUAAAAGAGGCCAACUAGAUGAGGGGAUCAUCGACCAUCCCUCAACAGAGAUGGGGCCGAUACCGACUGCUGGGCUCCUUCUCUACUAUGUUAAAUAUACUCGUUUGAAAUAAGCUUUGAUUUGUUGUUAAUAUGAAGCGAAGUUGUGUUGGAACAAAACGUACCAUUUUCCAUCUACAGUUAGUGAUUGGAGUUUCGGUGGGCCUGAUGUAUGCUCCGGCACGGCGACUGGAUGUUUUUUUCGUACUGUUCUGUCUCAUUGGGAUUGGAUUUGCCGGUCCAAACUACAUACCAUGGACUAUGCUGACUGACGUGGCGGAUGACUUUAAGAUCCAGAAGGGGAAGAGGCGGGACAUGCUGUUCCAGACGUUAUACCAGUCCCUGAAUAUAGCCGCCGUACUGCUCGCUUCAGUGACCUCAAUAGUGGCUUUGGAGAUCGGCGGUUACCAGUCCAGUGCAUGCACCCAGCCGGAUUCCGUCGCCUUCACCACCCGCCUGCUGGUCUCCUUCAUCCCGGCGGGGGCGACCCUCCUCAGCCUGGUCUUCCUCUGGCGCUACCAGCUCACAGGAGAGAGACUCGCGGCGAACAAGGCUGUGCUAGAGGAACGAAGGACUCAGCAGUCUUCAGACAGCGGUAACACCGACACGGCAGCACCUCCACCGUCUCUGGCCACGAAGUCACAUGACUUACCGGACAUGCGCGGACCGGUGCAGCUGACUUACUUCGGGCCUUACGGUUCCUUCCGGUUUAAACGCCCUUAAGGUAGCCAGGGUAUGUCUGGCUGAGGUAUAUAUGGAAAUAAAAUCAACCAUUUCCUCUGUUUCAUUGGCCUACUGUUAUGGGAAAGAAGUGAAACCCUUCAAUUGAAAAUAAAUUCAGAAUAGUUGUCAGUACUCCGUUAAUUCAUUUAUGUAUUUCGAUUGCCGUCCUCCGUU